AUGAGCACACAUAGUUCACAUCAACGAACACAAAAAGGAAAGAAGACAUUUAAAGGUAUGGAGUGCGGAAACAGCUUCUGUUUCAAUGCAAAACUUAGAACACACCAGCGGACUCACACAGAGAGAAAAUGUUUUACGUGCAGGGAGUGUGGGAAGAACUUCAGUCAGAGUGGACACCUUAAAUUGCACAAACGGACUCACACAGGGGUGAAACCAUAUAAAUGUAUCGAGUGUGAAAAGAGCUUUAGUGAUAGUGGAAGCCUUAGGAAACAUCAACGGACUCACACAGGGGAGAAACCAUUUAAAUGCAUGGAGUGCGGAAAGAGCUUCAGUCAGAAUGCAGACCUUUAA